GCAAGUAGCAGAGAGAGGGGCAUCAAAUCCUCUCAGAACAACGGAUAGGAGUGCAGCAGAAGGUGUUCAGUCAGUCCCAGAAGAUAAUGUCAAGCAAGAAGUUCAGAGCAGGACCUUGAGUUCACUGCAUUCUACAGAUAUGUGCAUAGAAACAACCCUAGGACAUACUAACAAGUAAGAAAUGGAAAGUAAGACCUCCAGAGAUGAAACUACCCCAUCAGUCCCAGAACACAGUAUGCAAAAAGCAGAGAGUUGGACCUUACAUACUUCGCCAACGCCGAAUAGGAGCUCAACAGAAACGGCUCAAGGGAGGCAAGAAAAGUGGUCUUAAUAAACAAAUGGUAAAAUCAGUCAUGAAAUGGAUAGUACAACCCAUAAUCCUGUGUCAAGUACUGGUGGAGACGAGGAAUCUGAACAUCCUACAUCAGAAGGUGAUAUUGUUAACAACGGACAAGAGACGGUAUAUCGUGGAACGUCAAUCAACAGUGGAGGUAAAUCUCAUCUUUGCUCACAUUGCGGCAAGGUGUUUCACACAACAGAUCGAUCCAACAUUCACCUAAGGAUACAUUUUGGAGAACAGCUACAUCAGUGUCCAUGUUGCAGUAAGAGAUCAUGUCAGGCCCGUCAUCCCCUUCUCCACUUGAGAUCACAUGCAGGAGAAAAGCCAUAUGAAUGUUGCUAUCGUAAAAAAGGAUUCUCUCAGAAAAGUGUACUCAAUCAACAUAUACUAAUACAUACGGGAGAAAAGCCAAAUAAAUGUUGCUAUUGUAAGAAAGGAUUUUCCCAGAAAAGCCUCCUUAAUUGUCAUCUACUAGCACAUACAAGAGAAAAGUCAUAUGAAUGUUGCUAUUGUAAAAAAGCAUUUUCUCUGAAAAAUAAUCUUAAACGUCAUCUCCGAACACAUACAGGAGAAAAGCCAUAUGAAUGUUCACAAUGUAAGAAAGGGUUUUCUUUGAAAAGCAAUCUCACCCAACACCUAACACAUACAGGAAAAAUGCCAUAUGAAUGUUGCAAUUGUAAGAAAGGAUUUUCACGGAAAAAGCAGAAGGCGACGGCUUUGACGGAAAUUGCCGAAAUGAGGCAGCAGAUAUCGGCAAUUAAUGCAAGGAUUGAGGAGCUAUUACAAAGGUUCUCAAACAUAAAGGCUACCGAAGAAAGGUCGAAGCAGAAGAAACCUAAAAGGCGUAUCAACACGCAAAUGCCCAGUAAUGUGAUGUCAAGUUCGGAUGAAAUACAACUAAAGUCACAAGAAGAAUCCUCGAAUACAGAAGGGAUCCAGACUUCUUCACUGUCAAGCAAGGCAGUGAAAGUAAGUAAAGAGCAACGGAUAAAGGGGCUACAUCGGAAGGAUGAGUCAUUGCAUGCAGCUAUACCAAGGAAUAGAGGCAUCUCUAUAAUUACGCCUGACAAAUAUGAUGGGUCUACCUCAUGGAUUGACUACUGCGAACACUUUAAAUCCUGCCGUGCAGUGAAUGGCUGGAAUGAUGAAGAAGCAGGAAAGAUUCUAGCAUCAUGUUUGAGAGGGGAAAGGGCAUUUCAUGGAUGCUCUAACGAAACCCAAGCUCAGAGAGGCCAUAUUCAAUUCUCAGGGUAAGACACUAGACGAGGUGAUUCAUGUAGCUGUAGUAGCUGAGGCAUUUCACAAGUCUGAAGAUCAGAGGAUGGGCACUGGAAGGACCCCAAAGUACAGUAGGGGUAUGACAAAGGAAGAGGAAAUGAAUCAACAGCCAGCCGACCCAACCUCUGAAGUGAGGAACACCCUGAUCAGCCUGAAAGAGGAAAUUGUAGGAUUGGUGGCGGCAUUAAAGGGCGCUUUUCAGGCGUCUCAACAAACCGCUCACUCUGAUAGAAAGCAACAACGGGAGAAAUCAGCUGUAUCUGAUGGUUGUUGCUUCUACUUUGGAAAGAAGGGGAACAUCAAGAAAAAGUGCAGGAAAAGGCUCAAGGGUGAGGCUCAAAGGCAAACUGAACAACAGCAACAACAGGUCUCAACAAACGAGGAAAGGCUACCCCAGGGGGACGUGCAUGGUGCGGCCAAUGCAGCAAAACCUGACAGCCUCUCAACAACAAAUACCACAGAACCAAUAGGCACCUCUAAACGAGGAAAGGCUACCCUAGGGGGACGUGCAUGGUGCGGCCAAUGCAGCAAAAUCUGACAGCCUCUCAACAACAAAUACCACAGAACCAAUAGGCACCUCUAAGCACAAUAGAGAGAUGCACCAAGGGAAAUUACAGGGCAUGUAUAUACCAGUUAUCAUCGCCGGGCAACAGUUACAUUUUCUUGUAGACACUGGGGCUACAGAUACAUCUCCAAAGCAGGAUAUGUGAAACUGAUAGAGCAGCCUUCUAUUGAACCUUCUACAGAGAGAAUAAUGCUUGCAAACGGCUCAAAUAUGAAGGUGGACGGCAAGAUCCACACUGAAGUGACAAUAGGCCAGGGAAAGGCAAGGGUCACUUUGAUUAUCGCUGAUGUAUGCGGCGAUGGAGUCUUGGGCAUGGACAAUCUUCUGUUGUUAGGAGCGAAGCUUGACUUGGAGACGGCUACUCUAGAGACCGAAUGGGGAUCAGUUCAGUGUCGCCAUGAAGGCAAGACCACAACCUGCUUCCGCAUUGUAACUACGGAGAUGCAGACUGUACCUGCAGGACGAGAGAGCCUUAUUACAGGAAAGACGUCGCCACUGAGACGGAGGAAGAAACAGAUGGUGAUCAACUGUUCCAAGCCGCUAGAAGCCUGCGUCAAGCUGGAGGCGGAUGUAAGGUGACGCAGAAAACAAGACACAUCAUUCCGCCAGGGAUGAAGAUCACCUACCAAUACGAGUCACUGCACCUGCCGGAUGGAACAGUAUACACUCGUAUUACCAGAGAAGAGAAGAGAAAGAACAAUGAGCCAAGUGAUGCCUAGAAGGACAGGAAACGAACUAACUGUAAAAACAAAGAUGAACUGUUAAUAAGACAACAUCUUUCAGGAGGAAAACAAUAGGCAUCCUCAUUGUUUAAAUCCAUACAUGUAUCUACUUUUUUAAAAUCAUUUUUAUGUCGUAGUGUAAGCUAUUCAUUUGUUUGUAAAACACCACACCAUUAUCUUUUGGAAAAUUCAAGGAUGUGUCAUAAUGCACAAACAUUCAUGAACAUAAUUGGCAUAGAAAGCACUCGCUGUAAUGGUAAUAUUCAGAAUUAAUGUCCAUAGAAUGAACAUGUUUUUAUAUGAGAGCUUCAUAGAAAGAGAUUAUGGAAGAUAUAGAGAGCUUGAUUGUUAUAUGCAUAUCAGCAGUAAUCUUAAAGAGGACGUACGUAACUCUCAGUAUGUUUAAUACAGCGAUGCAUAAUUCAAUACGUUUUAGUAAUUGUAAAUAUUUUUGGAAUUCCCUAGUAUUAAUGUGAGGAUGACAAUGUGAGGACACAUUCCUUGAAGAGGGGGGCUGUGUAACGAACCAGUUCGCCACAAUUUAGGUUAUCUUGCAGAAAACGUAGAGGGCGCAGUAAGCUUUUGGGGCGUAAGGGCUCAGAGCGCGAUUACGGACGCACCAUGCGUAAAGCAGCUCUCAGAGCGUUUCAGAGGCUAUAAAUACCAGUAUUUCACGAUAAUUUCGUCACUUCGACGCUGGCUCUCGUCUUGGUCAGAUAGCGAACUCUCCGCUUUGCUCCAACAGAGCUAAAAUAAGGGAAAGGAUUGGAAGCGAGAAAUAGAGUUCCUACAAAAGGCAAUCCCUACCUUUACUACUUGUUGAGAUUAAUCCAGGUAAUUGGUGUCAGUGUGAACUAUGAUAACGUGUUGGAGAAGUUGACUUAUGUUUGUAUUAAUAAAGUAUACAGUUAAACAA